AUGUCGCUGUACACUGCUGCUGAUGGUCUACUCGGAACCCAUGUAACAUGGGGAGAGGUCGAGGAGGAAAUGCAGAAAGCGUUGGGUACAACUGCCACGUUUGGAGAUGACAAGACGGUUACUAAUAUCAGUGAUAUGAAGGGCUUCAUGUCUAGAAUCGCACUGGUCGAGCCAAAAUGGGUCGGCGCCGCCGAUGAGGAGAAGCUUCCGGAAAAGUUCAUUGUGAAGAUUUCCUCUCAGUUACCGUUUAUCGAGAUGACUAAGCUGAUGGAUUUCAGUGCAGAGGACUUCUGGGAUGACGCGAAAUUGAAGGGAAUGGGAGAGGUCACUCGACUUUUGCAUAACAGAGAAGUGGCGACUUAUAAGAUUUUGAUGAGGGAGAAGCAUCCAUUGAUUCCGUUUACCAAGAUCUACGCAUUGAAACCCUUUGAUGAUGAGAACACCCUAAAAGCCUACAUCAUCUCUGAGUACUUCCCCAACACUUAUCACAUUGGAAUGCAUGAAAGUAUCCCUGCCGAAGAUAUUCUCCCUAUUGUUCAUGGUGCCGCCGCGUUCUCUGCAAUCGGAAUGAAAUUGAGUGAGGAGGAAACAAAAUAUGCACGUGGAAUGCACUUCCUUGAUAUGGUUUUUGAACAAUUCAUGGAUGAGAAGUCGAAUAUCAAAAUGGAAGAAAUGAUGAGAAAGGCUUUCCCAGAGGAGUACUCCGAGAAGGUUGAGAAGAUGCUGAAGAUCAACAAGGACUACUAUUUGAAUAAAAAUAUGCUGCCCAACUUCAAGAACACUUGUGAAUUCUUCGGCUAUCAACCAGUUCUCACUCAUUCCGACUUGUGGAGUUCCAACUUCUUAUGCGGGAAGGAAGGAGAGAAAGUUACAUUGAAAGCUAUCAUUGACUAUCAGACAGUUUCGAUUACAACACCUGCUCAAGAUGUGGGUAGACUUUUUGCAUCAUGCCUGUCCACAAAAGAUAGAAGAGAGAAAGUAGAUUAUCUGUUGGAGGAAUACUACAAGACAUUCGUAAAAGAGUUGGAUGGAAUGGAUGUUCCGUAUACUCUCCAGAAUCUGAAGGACAGCUACCAAGUGUUUUUCCCAUUGAUGAGUUGUAUGGUGUUGCCUGGAAUUGCGCCAAUGUUGGAGCAUGCUCCUCAUUUAUCCGAGGAGUACAAGGAAAAGAUGAAAGAGGUAGCGAUGGCGAAAAUGGUUGGACUCCUUGAAGAUGUGAUCUCCACUCAUGAGAGCAGCAUUCAGAAGUUUCCAAAGUAUUUUGAGUUUUAA